CUUCCCGGAUCUCCUAACGCUCAGCGCGUCAAUAUAACCCAGAGGAACGAGCUAUUUGCGAUAUUAACGGAUCUUUAAGUUGUAAACUGGUUAUUGUUUCGUGAGCUUUCAGCUUUCCUUAUCCUUGGGCGGAUGGUGUCUACUCUGUAUGUAUCCAUCGGUGUAGUGGAAAACUGCACUCGGCUGGCUACUCCAGUCAGAGGAUCUCGGCAAUUCAGUCCUUAUUCCAACAUUAUAUUUUAAACGAAGUCAAUUGCAAGAUACCUGGAUACAUUGUGUUUAUCCCCAUAAACAGCCAAAAAUGUCCAAUUUCUACUUUCAAAUUGAUCCAUUAGCUCACUCGGAACACACUGCUAUUAUUGGAGGCGUCAAAACCUACUUCUACGGCCUUUCCAAGCUCGCGGACGUGGCUCCAUCUCUGGACGUCCUCCUCUUCUUCUUGAUGCACGGUAGAGGCGAAUCGCAUAUUGCCAGUCAAAGUGUGGCAUUUAGAUUGAUGACCAAGUGGUAUAGCGCCGGUCAAACUACCCCAUUGGUGUGCAUCACCAUCGAUAACCCCAACCAUGGGGCCAGGCUCGUUGAUGACCACGCCAACAAUGCCUGGAACAAGGGCAACCAGAACCACGCCUUGGACAUGGUCUCCAUAAUCGACACCACUGCGAACGAAUACGCUAUGUUGGUUGAUUACGCCCCUGCGUACAUCUCGACUCUUUUAUCUCUGGAGGGUGUGGCUUCCGAUGCGUUUUGCUUCAGAAACGUAGUUUCAGGGAUCAGUUUAGGGGGUCAUGCGACUGUCCGUUUUGCCCAGAGAAAUACUGCCAAGGUGGAGGCGAUUGUACCAAUUAUUGGGUGCACUGAUCUUUCUAGUUUGUUGCUCAACCGCCUUAGAAAGACGUACAAGACUGAGUUCGCGCACUUGACCAACUUUGGGUUGUGGAACGUGCUCUACGAAGAGUUGGAACUCUCGGCAGAGGAUCAGGUAAAAUACCCGAAGCGGUUCCAUGAUUUUCUUGCGGAGAAGGAUCGCCAGGUGAUGGAGGAGUUUGGAAACACGCAGACCAAAAAGUUGUUCCUUUUUGGGGCGGAUGAUGUAUUGGUUUCGGAGAAGUAUUCCAAGUUGUGGUUGGAAAACCAUCCAGAGGGGCUACAAAGUUUCAGCCUUUCGGGCGUCGGUCACACCGUGACAGAGGAGAUGGUGAGCCAUAUCCAGGUCUUUUUAUCCCUGUUGGGCUGAUAUUAACGAGGGUCCCUGCGUGGCUCAAGUUCAAACCGGAUAAUUUUGUCUGUAGUUAGAUGUGAGUUGAAUGCCAUGUAUUUCGCAAUCGAUUCUCGAAGCAUUUACGAGCCAAAUUAAAAGUGUACACACAAAACUUAUAAGGAAUUCUAUGAAUGAACCGCCUUAGUGUUGGGUCUGGAGUAUGCAUAAACCACAGGUUUUCAGCUUUUCA